AUGUCACUUCCGACUGGGAGACAGAGUUUUAUGCACCGACGUGGCGUGUCUCUCAAGGGAAAUACUUAUUGGUUUGCUCAAGAAAAGUAUCCAGAUAGAGGACCAUUAUACGGACUAUACGACGUUGCUGAUUUCUUGAUUUGUUUUGAUUUUACAAGAGAGAGAUUUGGCCCGCGUUUUCCUCUGCCCUUUCACUCUAAGAUUGAAGAUACUGUGACUCUUUCUAGGGUUGGAGAAGAGCAACUUGCAGUGUUAUUUCAGCCCUGGGACACAUUACAUAUGGAGAUUUGGGUUACGACUAAGAUUGAACCUGAAGUUGCUUUGUGGAACAAGGUGUUCUUAUCAGUGGCUAUGAAACCACUCACAGAUUUUCAGUUUGGUGUUACGCAAGGGAGUUUCUUCAUUGACCAAGAGAUGAAAGUGGCUGUGGUUCUUGAUAAAGACAAACAUGUGAAUAGCCCCACUCGCAACGUAGCUUAUAUCAUUGGGGAGGAUGGCUAUUACAGAGAAGUAGACCUCGGAGAAUCUACAAAAGAACUUUACUAA